AUGUCUGCCACCAAGUCUGAAUCCAACAGCACCAAGAUGGAAGAAGCCCGUCCCGCCAAGGAUGUGACCGACCUCGCCAUCACGUCUACAACAAACAGCCUCACCAAGCUCAGCAGCGCCGAGCUCUACCUCGCCGGGCUCUCCCAAUCCAGGCUUCGCCUCUCCAAGCCCCAGGCCAGCUUCGAAACCACCCGCUUCGUCGUCCCCUCCAACAUCGCCCGCAAGGACCCUCUCAUCACAGGCACCUUCCUCCGCCUGCCGCCAGAAAUCAGCCUCCAAAUCAUCGAGGAGAUGGACGAAGACGUCGACCGCCUCUGCCUCGGCCUCAGCUGUCGCCGCCUCCUGCACCUCGUCCAGGAGCGCAAGAUCCGCGUGCCCUGCAUGAAGGCCAGCCGCGAUGCCCGUUUCCUGCAGCAGGACAACAAGCUCGCCUUCUCCAUGAUGAAGCGCGUGCACCCCCUCAACACCAUCGGCGAGCCGCGACCCGGCACCGCCCUGUGCCAGUCCUGCUUCAAGUGGAAGAGCAUGAACCACUUCGCCACAACCACCCUCGGCCAGCGCACCACGACUGUCCUCUCGCACGUCGUUUCCCUGAGGGACAGACAGUACAACACCGUCGGCGUCCUCUUCGAAUGCGCCCAGUGCGUGGCGCGCGACUCGACGCCCAGGGAGGAGAGGGACCGGCGCCAGCGCAUCCACGGCAUCGGGCUCGUCUCAGAGCCCACUGAGUUUUGCUCCAGCGCGGUUUGGACCGGCCGCGUGAAUAUGCACAAUGGGAGUGAGGUGGAUCCUUAG